AUGUCUCGUGUUCAAAUUCUGGUCAUUCUGUUGGUGCUGAUCACCAUAGCCCACACCAUCACCACCAACCCAAAGCACCGCUCGAAGCUGGGACCACACGUGGUCAGAGAACCCGACGGAAGCUCGGAGGAUAUCCCAACCAUGGACAUCAACGAGUUUCUAAGGGAUGUCGGAAUCAACCCGGAGGAUGACGAAGAAGGAGCUGGAAAUGGAUUUGAUGGAGUCCAAUAUAAGAAUGUCAUCAACUGUACCCGAGGAAUCCUCUGCGAAUUCCAAAUGCCGUUCCGCUAUCGGAAUGCAGUUGACACCGAUGUGAUGAUUGAGACUCUGGAUGAAGGAAAGGAAUCUUGGUUGAUCAAAGAGUCCCAGAGAAAUUUUUAUGGAAUUCCGAUGACCACUGGAACUUUUCACUUCCAGUGGCAUUUUCAAAGGCUUUUCCGCACUGACCUCCAGAAAGUGCCCUUUGAAGUGGAAGUCACGAAUGGAACCACCAAGAACGGAAUCAAUCUUUUAAUUCGGAUCACGAUGACAAAGCCGACAGUGGAGGAUUUCAACAAGGACCCGUGGUUGAGAAUUUACUUCGUCCAAAAAGUGGCUGAUGUGAUGGGCGAACGACCAAAGUAUAUCACCAUCCACGCCAUCGAGACUUACGGGAACUCAACUCGCGUGCAGGUGUACCACAACAUCCAUGCCAGAACCACAUGCAACAGAACUGCUAUAGAUCCGAUCGUGGCAAGGCUCACGGCUCCUGGAAGACUUCCGAAUCCGGAAUUAACUAGAGCAUUGACUAGUCGGUUCUCAAUUCAAUCAGUCAGUCUGUAUGCAUACCUGGACUGUGUGCAGACUACUGUCAAACCAGCCAUCAAUGCUGCCGAAAUCACAACAUCUGCACUCAACGGAACCGUCAUGACUUCACCAAAGGCAGUCUCAGCUUCCAAUGUUUUCACCACAACUCCCACAAUCAUGAGAGCAUCUCCAUCUGCUACCAGUGCCCCCGGCGGUCUCACCGUCAACACCACUCUGCCAUCAACCACCACUGUUCCCACUUCCUCCCACGGCCUAGAAGUCACCAAUGCAUCUGAAUCCGCAUUUGCCAUUAUAUUUCUAGUCCUUGCAAUCGUAUUCCUUGCUGCAGCCUACAUUCACAACUUUGUCGGAAGAAAUCAGGUGGAGCAUGGAGAUCUGGCAGGAAAUCUGGUGAGAGAGAUGGAGCUGCAGCCGAUUGCAGAGAAUGACGAGCCGGAAGCAGAGAGCACACUUUGA